AUGAUCUCCUUGAGGAGAGUAACGUCGUGCAAUGGAGUAAAGGAUGAUUGGUCAGAGAAUAUGGUCAUGAUGGUGGACAUAGCCAUGGAAGAGGCUCGAAAGAUAAAGAAGGUGAUGAUGGGACAAUCCUCGACGACAAUAUCGACCCUUGCAUCAUGGGGAUUCAAUUUAAGGCCCCUCUAUCCCAACAAAGAGCCGAAUAUCCGGAUUUCUCCCGUCCUAAGAUCCCUUCCUAUGGCGAAAAAAUCAAUUAUUUUAGCGGCGGCUGGGUACAGCGUUUCUUCUCUGAUCUUCAGAUUCCCGCCGAACUUCGUGCGGCAGCUGAGCGACAAGGGUAUAAGGAACUGUAGCAACAUCGGUGUGGCGUCGCCUUCGUGGUCGAAGCCGCCUCUGUCGCCAUGGCGCCAGUUUAUUAGGUGUCUUAAGCGAUUUUUUAGAGGUUAUAUAUUUAUUAAUAUCAUCUAA